UUAGACUGGAUUAUUGGAGGCCCAUUUACAUUUCUAACCCAAUUACAUCCAAUCCAAUAUGAAAAUAUAAGCUUCCUAUUUAUAGAGACAAACAAAGCAAAGCAAAAGGUUCGUAGGGUUUUGCUUCGUUUUCUCGGCGGCGCUGGUGAACCAUGGUUAAGCACAACAAUGUUAUCCCUAAUGGGCACUUUAAGAAGCACUGGCAGAAUUAUGUCAAGACUUGGUUCAACCAACCAGCCCGAAAAACCAGAAGAAGAAUCGCUCGGCAGAAGAAGGCUGUAAAGAUUUUUCCACGACCCACUGCUGGACCUCUCCGUCCAAUUGUUCAUGGGCAGACAUUGAAGUAUAACAUGAAAGUUAGGGCUGGUAGGGGCUUUUCUCUUGAGGAGUUGAAGGUUGCUGGCAUACCAAAGAAGCUUGCACCAACCAUUGGAAUUUCAGUGGAUCAUAGGCGUAAGAACCGUUCUUUGGAGGGUCUUCAAGCAAAUGUGCAGAGGCUCAAAACUUACAAGGCUAGACUGGUUGUGUUCCCAAGACGUGCCCGCAAGUUCAAGGCUGGUGAUUCAGCUCCAGAGGAAUUGGCCAAUGCCACCCAAGUCCAGGGUCCAUACCUACCUGUAGUUCGUGAGAAGCCAUCUGUUGAGCUUGUCAAGAUCACAGAUGAGCUGAAAUCAUUCAAGGCGUAUAACAAACUCCGUGUGGAGAGGGUGAAUGAACGCCAUAUUGGUGUGAGAACAAAGAGAGCUGCAGAGGCGAAGGAAGACAAGAAAUAGUGAUAUGAUGAUCCUAGGUGUAUUCUCAUUUGUAUUUUGUUUUGGCAAAUUUUUGCACUUUUUGUUUUUUGACCCUGGUUACUGAACUUGUUUGUUUUGACUUCAAAUCUUAGUACACUCAUUAUUCCAGUUAAGUUGAUGAAUGUGAGAAGUUUUAUUUAUUUAA